ACCAUGCAGCAGGUGCCGGAUCUGCUAUUGCAAAGAUGUGUUAGUCUGAUGGCCUCUGUGUAUGGUCAAAGCCUCCAUCACUCCAGCAAGAGUGGCAGGUCUCUGGAUGUGGAUCAACUGAAAAAUGCCAUCUCUACCAUCUUUGGCAUGUGGCUUGAAAACUACGCAGACCAGUUCAAUCAGCCACCAAAGUUCGCAUGCCUCAAGCAGCUUCUGGAGUAUGUGCAAGUGCACAUGCCUGGCUCAGACUUGGAGCACCGUGUGUACCUUCUAUUGAUGCAGCUGGAAGACAAGGAGACCAAGAGAGCCAUGACUGAGUAUCCAGGUCAAGUGGAGAGUGAGAAUCAGCUCCAGCAGCAGCUUCCAAACCAGAGGCAGAUCCACAACCCAUGCUGGAGUGAGAGUUAGCUUUGCUAAUAGCUCCAGUGCCACUAUACCCAUAAAGCCACCUCGGUCUAUAUUUA